ACAUCAAACAGCAUCGAUUCAACAGCAAUUGGACCGAUAGAGCAUUUCCCUCAGCAUGGCAGCUUCAAUCGUAGACAUCUCCACUCUCUUCUCGCUCUCUGGCAAGACCGCCAUUGUCACCGGCGGCACGGGCGGUCUCGGCCUAGCCAUGACCAUCGCCCUCGCCUCCGGCGGCGCCGACAUCAUCUCCAUCGAGCUGCCCUCCGACCCCGGCAGCGAAGCCUUGAAGUCCGCCGUCGGUCAAACCAGUCGCAACUUCAAGUCCUACCACUGCGACGUGCGGGAUCCCAAGUCUCUGCGUGGUAUCUAUCAGACCAUCUGGAAUGAUGGAGUCAAAGCGGAUAUUCUCCUCAAUUGUGCGGGUGUGCAGAGACGGGCAGAGGCGGAGGACUUUACCGAUGAGGAUAUUGAGUUGGUGUUGGAUGUGAAUUUGAAGGCGAUUUUGAUUUCUUGUCAGGAGUUUGCGAAGCCCUUGUUGAAGGAGGGACGUCCUGGGAAGAUCAUCAAUAUUGCCAGUAUCAUCUCGUUCAUUGGUGGAAAGAACAUUACGCCGUACGCCGCCAGCAAAGGAGGCGUGAUGCAACUCACAAAAGCAUUCAGCAACGAAUGGGCCGGAAGAGGAAUUCAAGUCAACUCCAUCCACCCCGGCUACUUCCGCACGCCUCUCACCGAGCAAUACUCCACUGAUCCAAAGUACAAAGACUUCAACGACUACAUCAUGUCUCGCACGCCGGCGAAGCGAUGGGGAGAGCCGAAGGAUCUGGCGGGCGCUGUGAUAUUCCUGGCGAGUCCAGCGAGUGACUAUGUCAGCGGGACUGGUACUGUGGUCGAUGGUGGAUUCAUGGGGUUCUAG